AUGCUGCGCCCGCGCCGUCGUGCCGUCGCUCCUCUGGUUCUCUUGUUUUAUCCUCAUUCACUCAAAGCUGAAGAUCAUACGUCAUGUCUCUUGACAAGGAUGGCAAGGCAUGACAAGUCGACAAGCUUUCACCAAGCCUUGAUCGUCGGCCCGCCAUCGCCAUUAGGCAAACGGUCUGUGGGUGCAUCAAGACUGAUUGACCGUCACUUCACUUCAGCUGAUUCUCAGAUUUCAGAUUUCAGAUUUCGGUUUUCAGUUUUCAGCCAUCAUUUCCGCUUCUCACCGCAACAAGAAUACUCAACCAAUAUCAACAUCUGCAGCCAAGACGCACGUUGAUCACGAGCCUAACCGAUAAUGCCCGCAUGGCAUGGCCUCGACUGGUCUUUGGUCUUGACUGUCCCUCGUGUAGCUCAUUUUGGCGCUCCCUUAAAAUGGCGGUGCUUAUUAGUGAGUGACACCAGAUCAUCACCUUGUUAUCCACUGAGGAGCUCCCAUUCAAGCGAUUUAUGCCAUUGGGCCAACUUAGCUGCCACGUCAAAUCUCUGCUCAUUUUGUCGUGUUAAUUGAGCUCCCCAUUCUUGCAGUAGCACAAAGGAUCUGUAACCGAUGCAGACGCAGGGUCUUUCCACCGUAUUUUGAACUGCCUAUCUCAAUAUGAGCUGGAGUUGGAAAAACUGCAUAGCAUUGUUGCCUUUUCAGUUCAGAAUUCAAGGGGGUUGCUAGAGGAGAUCACUUGAAAGCGAAAGGAGUUAAAUUGUUUCAUGAAACCAAACUAUUCACUUUGAGCAUACAUGCACCUCGGAAAGCUC